GAUUUAUUGUGGUCCCUGCCUGAAAACUUCAUUUUCUAUCUUCAAUUACACCAUCCAUCACAAGUUCGUGGGGCUUCGCCAUUUUGUACCUUCCGCUUAUUGUUUUAUAAGCUGUCUGGCUCCCUAUAUAAUGGCAUUUCAACAACAUGAAGAAAGAUUGCACGAACAGGUCGAUAGAGAAUUUCAAGCGCCCACUUCAUUGGCAAAACAGCCGGAGCUCCUUGAUCCACACCUUACCGUAAAUCCACAGACUCCUGAUGAUUUCGAGUCCCUCACCAGAGCAGCCUCCUCGGAUAUCAAGACACCACCACCGAAAAUACUCUACCAUCGUAUUAGUAAAGACCACGAAGGCACAGUUAUUGAAAACAUUGAGAGCGCCCACCCAUUCCCUCGUCGAGAUGAGACUGGCGUCGCAAAAACCCUCACUGAUGAAACCGUACUGGAAGUUCUGACCACGAAGACCAGUUCUAACCAUUUUGGGAUGUACCGUCCACCAAUGACAAGGAACGAGUUGAAAAUCUACUCUGCGCCUCUCAUUAAUGCAUUACAACACGUUGUUCAGUAUUGGCCUGGUUUAAGCUUACUUGCCUAUCCCGUGACACUGACAGAGCCGUAUGCGGUACUGGUACAUCAUAUGGAUGCACUCAAAAAUCACAAGAACAACCAUCCUGCCUCUCAUUCUUCUGAAUUCAGGGAGGUCUGCAACGAUCAUAUUGAUGUUUUACUAGAUUUCCUAGACAAGACAUAUGGAGAUGUUCUGCGACUAGAACAGGCGCGCUAUCGAAAGUCUCCGCCAUCAGCAACUUUUGAGAACCUCUGGAUGUUGUUCAAACCAGGUCAGGACGUAUACAUCAAAGCCAGGGAAAAUAAGCCAGCUAUUCCGAUGAGAAUUGGGAGCUUUCAAGGUUCUCGUCGUGGCCCAUUUGUGGAGCUCGAAGGCUGGGGUGUCAGUUGCAACGGCAUCCAAAUUACAACGCAGAGUCGGUCUUGUCUUGUCAACACCUUCGAUGGCGAGAAAGAGAUCUUCUCUCUUGAAGCCUACCCAAAGGAGUUUCAUGAUAAACCCGACUAUGAACAAGAGUUACAAAAGAGGGGGCAGCGGUAUUGGGAAUUUUGUGGCCCUGCGUACAGACAGUACGUCGGCACCACGAUCGCAGAUUGCAAUCAUCCACGAGUAGAGCUCAAUGGCCGUAUUGUCAUCGAUUUCAAUGCUUAUAAUCAACACCAACUAGAGGAUACCAAAGUUGAGGACAAAUUCAGCGAAUACGACAGGCAUGAUUUUCACUCUUGGAGGCAAUUACCAUCAUCUAGGGGGUGCGAAUGCCAGAUGUGCGGAUCAUUGACCACUAGAACAGAGAGAUCAGAUCCGAUUUUUGCUCCUAUACUUGCGAGCAUGGCGAAAACAGAAGGCAACCCUCAACUAUACUUUCUUAGCGAUUAUGUGAUUUGCGGUUACGCCCUCAAAGAGAGAAAGUGGUUAUCAUUCCAUAUCGAUUACGUCGAGGACUUGAGAGUUGACGAAUCGCCAUUUGACAAUCUAAUUCUACGAGACAAUAUAAAGAGCACAAUACAAUCCAUUGUUUGGAGUUACAAGCAGCCUGGGAGUGAGGUUAAAGCGUGGUCUGCUGAUUUCAUUCAGGGGAAGGGCGAAGGACAAAUAUUCUUGUUACAUGGAACCCCAGGAGUAGGGAAAACAUGUACAGCAGAAAUCGUGGCUGAUUAUAUGAAGCGCCCUUUACUGCCAUUGACCUGUGGUGACAUGGGUAUUACAGCGUCAGACGUGCAGGAAAAUAUCACCAAGUAUUUCGAGCUGGGGGAACGUUGGGGAGCUGUCAUUCUAAUGGAUGAGGCCGAUAUCUACCUCGAGCAGCGCGCCCCAGACCAACUCGAAAGAAAUAGUCUUGUCUCAGUUUUUCUCAGAGCCUUGGAAUACUUCCGAGGAAUCUUGUUCAUCACCACAAAUCGUGUUGGAACAUUCGACGAUGCUUUCAUCUCACGUAUUCAUGUAGCUCUCUACUAUCCUCCACUGGUAGAUCGUGAUCGAGUUUUGAUUUGGGAAAACAACUUCCGCAGACUCGAGAAGGAUUCAAAUAUCAAGGUUCCCGACUCUACAAGGAUUUAUACCAGAUACGAUGAGGGAUUGCGGCUUAUCAAGUGGAAUGGUCGCGAAAUCCGAAAUGCAUUUCAGACCGCUGUAGCUCUUGCUAGAAAGGAGGCUAGCGACAAAAACAUGGUCGAAAUUGUUCUCGAGGCAAAGCAUCUCGAAGCGGUGGUCAAGUUGUCCAGGUCGUUCAAGGCCUAUAUUAAUGAAGUUCACCAUCAUAUAGAUGAGGGUGGUAGAGCCAGAAGAAGCGAGGCUCGAGCAGACAACUUUGCUCCCGAGGAUUUGGUUCUAAUGUCCUAAAAGAGAUAAGCGUUUAUAAAGUAGUCGUAGCGGCUUAUGUGGUAUAUAGCUUAAAAGCCUUGCUAUAAUUUUCUGCUUUAUUAAUAGAGUGUGUAUCUAUAAACCGUCGCGGGCAUGUAAAUGCUGAUUUAGAUAAAGAAAUGUUUGCGAAGUGGAAAGGUCUAAUAGGAUACAAGUACAUAACUUCUUCUUGAACGCGAUACAUAGCACACCAUUUGUCUAGUAGUCUCGA